GAUAAAAUUAAGAAGGGUUUUUCUAAACUAUACCCCUAGACUUCUUCGGUUUUUAAGUUGUGCCCACGGUUUUUUAAACGUCUAAGCUAUGCCCUCCACCUCACUAUUUUUAAUUAAAAAUAACCUAUGUCAUUAGCAAUAAGUAACAGACGUUAAGGUCUGUUAGUUGUCGUUGCUAAUUAAAAUAGAAAAAAAAAACAACGAUUAAAAUAAAAAAAGUCCUUCCAAUUCCCUUACACUGAUCAAACUCCUCUUCUACUUUGUUUCAUCAACACUCAAACGAAAAUCAAAACCCUUAUGUAGUGCCCAGAAAUUUACGAUUGAAAUCAAACUAAGAAUUUGAUGAGGGAUCUUCAUUGAUGAGCGUUCGUGGUUGAAUUUCGUGGAACUCGUGUUGUGGGUUGCGUUUUGGUUGCGAGGUGGGGUCGUGGUGGCUGCGCGAAUUUCACCUAACAUCGAAAAUUUCGGCUUCUAAGACAGGUUAUUUCACAUUAAAUUCUGAAAUUUAGAGCAAUUCUUUGUUGUUUUACAUAUAUUUGGGCAAAAUGUUCAUUGAUGAUGUAACAAUUGAUUCUAGGGUUUUGUUUUUUUUAAAUACAGCUGGUAAAUGUUGAUUAAGUAAGAUAGGGCUUGGGUCAAUUGUGUAUUUAGAUAUGUUGGUUAAUGAUUAUACAUUUGUGCCCCAUGUUUUUGAUCUGGAGGAUGGGUGAAAGGGUGUUGAAAAUGCAUUUCAUGGAUAACUCUGUUGAUGUUAUGGUUGCUGAUAUAGAUGAAUGUUUGCUGAUAGAUGUAGUGAAUGAUAUGGUUGAAAAAUUUAAUUCUUUUGGGUAUGAACUCCCUACUUUUCCUGUGUUAAGUUAUUGUUCCAAUGGGAAGAGUCAUGCACUUACUGAAGAUAAAACACUAAUGACCAUGUUUGAGGUAGUUGAAUCUAGAAGGAUAGAUAUAUGGAUUGGUUGUUUGAAGCAACCUAAUUUCAUUUGGACCUUGGCUGAAAAAGUAAGGUUGAAUGGAUCAAAUGUAAGUGGUUUAGCAGCACUACCUAAACCACCAAUAACUAAACUGCCAGUUAGGGGGGGUAAGAGGGGUAAGCUUGAAGAACAAAAUUCUGGUAAUCUAUCUCCACCCCUUCUCUCAUGGACUAUCUAAAAUUCAAUCUCCUGAACAAAGUCAAAUCCUUACUUUGUCAAGCCCAAGAAGAAGCCCUAGGCUUAUGGCUUCUAGCCCCCCCCCCCCAACCACACAACAAUCCUUAAUCAACCCUCCAACUUCAGGUGUCACCCAAACAGGUCCUAGUGUUGGUCAUGCUGCCGCUACUAAACCAAACAAUAUUCUUAAGCCUUCUUCAAUCCCUCAUGGUAAAAAAAUCUCAAAAUCUACCCUUAAAUUCAAGGGGUUAUGGGUUCCACCUCAACCAAACACUGAAGCCAAUGAAGUUCAAGAGGAACGACCAUCAUUUAGGACUAGAAAAAAGACUAGGGUUAGGCUAGAUGAUGAUGUUGGGGUGUCAAAUGUGAGUGGGGCUUUAUCUGAUAGUAGUGGUACAGAUAGUGAAGGUGAUUACCAACCUGACAAAGGUUCUGAUGUAGAAACUGAAUCUGAUGAUGAUGAAAUAGAGUAUGAAGAGGGUGAUAUCAAUGAACUCUUGAAUCAAAUUUAUGUAGAUGGUGGAUGGGAACCAUAUAGGACAAAUGAAUGGGUUAUUGAUGAUGAUUCUUACAUGAGUAGGUUGUACAGGAAAAGGGAGGUAUUUGAGGAGGCAGAGUUUGGUAAAAUCAGGUUGAAAUAGUGGCAGUUUUUUGUAGACAAAGAUCAUUUCAAGGAUGCUUUAAGAGAUUUUUGUAUCCAAGAGGGAUUUGCUCUGGUUGUGAACAAGGCAGACAACCUAAGAUAUACUACAGAGUGUGCUGAUCAAAGGUGCAACUGGAGGGUUCAUGCAGCUUUGCUAAGUGAUGGACACACAUGGGCCAUCAAGAAGUUGAGAAAAGGCCAUACUUGUGACCUUAACUUAGUAAACAACCCCGUGUGUAACUAUGAAUGGACUGCUAAUAAGCUUCUUGAGGACAUAAGAGCUAACACGGACAUUAAGGGAAAGGCCUUAAAUGCUCUACUUUGGGAAAGAUAUGGUUUGAUGUGCACAUAUACCAUUUAUAAGAGAAGGGAACAUCAAUGAAGAUCAUACGAGAGGGGCAUGAUGAAUCUUACACUAAUUUGCCUCGGUAUUGUGAACUAUUAAAGGGGAGCAACCCUAGGUCAAUGGCUUUUUGCUGUUGGACUAAUGUUCCUAGUCUUGAAAGAUCUCUACAAUAUUCAUCAAUUUUUAUAAGCUUUGUUUCACAGUUCAAGGGGUUGAUAAGCGGAUGUAGAGGGUUAGUUAGAGUAGACGAAUGUCACUUGAAGGGAAACUUCGGGGGUAUCUUAUUGUCUGUCGUUUUCUUGGACGGUAACAAUGAGAUUUUUCCAGUUGUUGUAGCAGUUGUUGAUUCUAAAAAUAAGACAAGCUGGAGUUGGUUCUUUAACCAUCUAAAGCAAAUACUCACUGCUACAGGGAGUGAAGAUUGAACUAUAAUGUCUGAUCGACAAAAGGGUGUAGACCCAUCUUUGGACUCAAUUUGGCCAAAGGUGCCUAGAAGGUAUUGUGCUAAGAACUUAUGUAAAAACUUCAAGAAACACUACCCCGGAUUACUCAUGCAAAAACUAUUUUGGAGUGUUACAAAUGCGUACUCAGACUACUCAUUUAGGAAGGCAAUGGUUCAGCUUCAAAAACAUGGUGGUUUAGGGGCAGUGAAAUGGUUUAAAGAUGUAGGCCCACUAGAGCGAUGGACAAGGUGGAAGUUUGACCUCACUUUGAAAAGUGAUGAGAGCACAAAUAAUUUUGUGGAAAGCUUCAAUAGUACUACUGGGGUGGACCGAACUUAUCCAAUUUUGACUCUACUAAAAGGUGUUAAGAGAAUAACAAUGGUUAGACAUUCUACUAGAUAACACCUAGCAGACCAGUGGCAAGACGAAAUCUGUCCGAACAUAAGGAACAGGAUCAGGGUACUAACUAAGGAUACCAGAGUUUGUCAAGCAUACCCUUCUGGUGAAGGUACUUAUGAGAUUCAUGAUGGACGAGCAAAGUUACCAGUGUCUUUAGCUGGUGGAACAUGUGCAUGUGGGAGAUGACAAUUGAGCGGAAUUCCAUGCAAACAUGGAAUCAAAACUAUCUUACAUGAAGGCAAGGAUCCAGCAGAUUAUGUGAGUGAAUGGUUCAAUGUGGCUAAGUACAAACAAGCCUAUAGCGGAAACAUAUCCCAUGUACCUGAUCAAGAGAAAUGGUGUAAUAUCCCGUAUUUUUAUAUGUAUUCUAACUUAAAUAAGUAUUUCUUAAAGUAUUUA